AUGUCUGCCUUCUCCUCCCGCCCAGCGACCCUCCAAUCCAUCCGGCACACCCACGUCUUCAGUCUCGAUACAUUCAGUAGCAAGGACUUCAUUGUCAAGGACUUUGUAGAGUCACUGUCGGAUGCUGCCGUUCCUGCCCGAAGGUCCGCGCCUACCUCUGCGGCCGCGCAGUCGAGCCAGGCAUUCGACCCCAAGCCUCUGAUCCGGACCUUCGAACAUGCGCUGAAUAGGCUGAAGACGCUGAGCGAGGAUCUUCAGGAGCGUGAGAAUGACUUAGGCGCCGGCGUUCGGAGGGCCGAGAACCAGCACAAUACCAAUAUCAAGUCGCGAGAGCAGGAGCUGGAGCGUGCCAUCGCAUCCUUCCACCGUCUGGAGAGGACGCUGGAUGGUGACGGCGAUGCUGGCGGAAACGCUGCUAUGCGCAUUGGUGAGCGCUUAGAAGAGCUGGACAGGCAACGGCAGCGCGCUCAGGACGCCAAGUUCAUUCUCCAGUGCUGGCUGGAAGUCAGCGAGCGAGGCGACUUGUCGAGUCUUGAUGAUGUUCGUAAGACGGGUGGCGGCGAGGGCAAGGUUCGUUGUGCGCACAUAGCCCGUCAGUUGCUCAAGAUAUCGCAACGGCUGCAUCGAGGCAUCGAGGCGCAGAACGGAACAGCGCCCAAAACAAAUGGAUAUCACAUCGCAAACGGCAUCAAUGGCAGCAACGAAACCGAUUCUCCUACGGGUAGCAUACGAAGAGGCAGAAAUGGCCAUCAACCGCGAGAAAUAAUAGAAAAGUUCCUGGAGAUGUUGGAGAAGGACUUAUUGAAAUCAUUCGACGAGUUUUAUCGAAGGCAGAACUUCGAUGGUAUGAGGGAGUGUGCGGUAGCGCUCCAGGAUUUUGGCGAUGGCAAUUCUGUCAUAUCACUUUUCGUCAAUCAACACCAAUUUUUCAUCGACAGAUCCCAGCUCGUCACAGAGGAGUUAGUGGUCGACAACGAUACAUGGGAGAGACUGGCAGAUCCAGACACAGAACCACCGGGUGUAGAACCAAGCUUGCAGUCCCUUAUUGACGAGGUCAAAGUGGUCGUCCAGGAGGAAAGCUUCAUCAUCAAGCGUGCGUUUCCUUAUUACGAAGAAGUUCUCGCCCGCUUUCUGCAGCGAGUCUUUCAACAGUCCAUCCAGCAACGGCUGGAGAUGGUCCUUAAUAAAGCCGACAGCAUCUCCUCGCUGGCAUUCCUUCGCUCCUUGCAAGCCUCUAGAUCUUACAUCGCAGCUUUGGUGGAAGAUCUCAAAGCGCAUGGACUCACAGAUCACCCGGAGCCAGUCUCAUCGGUCAGUGCGGCCGUCCUCGACCAGCAACUUGACGAGCUCUUCGUGCCAUACUUCACGGGCACCAGUUAUAUUGAGCGGGAAAAGCGCAAUCUCGGCGAGCUCUUUGAGGGUCUGCUGUUCAAAUUCACGCUUUAUCAUUCUCGACGACGCAAGGUCUCUGUUCAAACGACUACUUACUUGGGUGCCAUUUCUGCUCGUAGCAAGGAGUUCAUCAGCAGCGCUCGCGAUGCAUACUCUGAGCGACUAGACAGUGCGGACUUGCAGCCUGGUCAAAAAGCCAUGCUCAUGCGCAUCGCCGGCCUUCACCAUGCAAAGGAUCAUGCGGCGCCUCAUGACGUGGACGUCACCGAUGAAGACGGACAGCUCAGUUUGCCAUUCACCAAACGAAUGCUCAAGUGGCUGGCAGAAGGUGUUGGUCGGGGACUGGAGUUGGCUGGUGGAGGCAACGAAACCCCAAAGGAAAUUCGCGAACUCCUUCACCUUUUGAUCACGCACAUGGGCGAGAUCUACCUAGAGACUGCGCUGGAUGCCGCUAUCGACUCAGCCACUGCGGCGGAAACGAACACCAAGACGGAGCCUGAUUUGAGCUACAUCACUGACCUCCGGACUGCGGUCAGCGUGCUGCAUCUCAUGCUUACGACAAUACAGAUGCUGCUCCUUCCUUUGGCAGCGAGCAAUCUUACCAUCCGCAGGGACCUGGAGAAACAGACCAACAACUUUGUUGACAGAAUGGAAAGCAAAAUUGAUGCUGUUCUGCAAAAGACAAUAGACGUAGCAAUCUCAUGGACUCAGCGACUCCUCUCGAAUCAACGAAAGACAGACUUUAGGCCCAAGGACGAUGCUACCUUACAGCUGGACCAACUCCAGACGUCUACGUGUCAGUCAAUUUACACAUUCCUCAACCGCCUUCACUCGCGAGCAAAGGCGUCUUUGUCUGGACGCGUCCUGGAUGCUUUCUCUCUAGAGCUAGCGAUCGGCCUCCGAUCACUUCUUUUGACGCACUUCAAGUCUUACCCGGUGUCGCUUACUGGAGCCCUCGUCGUCUCAAAGGACAUUACAAAGUAUAUCGAGCUUUUGCGCUCGUGGGAUCUACCUCCAUCAUUCCAACCAAGUCUGGAAGUCCUAACAGAAAUUGCCAACCUCUUUGUCAUCGGACCUGACGCGCUCAGAGAUCGACUUCGGAACUUUGGUGCGGGCGCAGGCUCUCUGCAAGGCGUUGAGAAAGCCGAUCUUAGACCGUACAUCAUGAGGCGAGAAGACAGCGGCAGUGUCGGCGUUCAAGCAGUGCUGAAUCAGAUGUAG